AUGGAUGAUAGAGUUCUUUUAAAAGUGUAUUAUUUUGGUCAGAUUUUGUUACAAACAUGUGAAGGAGUAAAAUUUAUUUGUGACAAUCCAUUGGAUAUUGUUAUUCCCUUCACAAUCUCAUUUGAGGAGCUCAAAGGUGUGAUAUAUGAGAAGAUUGAUUCUGCGAUGUCAAGGAAGAUAUCAUGUAUUUUAUACAGAUAUCCCAUCCCAGUAUUUGGUGGAUUCGUUCAAUUUCAAAGCAGAUAUAUAACCGACGAAGCGAGCAUGCAAGAGAUGUUUUCAAUGUAUAUUGAAAGUCGUGCCCACAUGUCGUUCAUCGAGCUGUACGUUGAAUUCGAACAAUCUGAGGCCGACCGAAAUAUUGUAUGGGAAGAUUACAAUAGUGACAGUAAGGAAGAGUUCGAAAGCAAUUACGAAGUUGUGGAUCCAGAUGGAGAUGAAGAUCAAGGUGACCGCACUAUGGCUCCAAAUAUGACAGACGUGGCAAAUGCACUGGCAAAUGAAGUGCCGUUCGAGGAGCCAUCUUUCAUGCGAGUGUUGGAUUUGGAAGCCAUGCAUGCUCCGGAGUUUCCCGAUUACAUGAGCACCGAAGUCCCUCUUGUUGCAGAUGGUGAAUUUGCUGUGGGGAUGGAAUUCAUUUCCAGGGAAGCUGUUAUUAGGGCGAUGAAAGAGUAUGCCAUCCGAAGAAGUGUAGACUAUCGGGUGUAUGAGUCGGAGUCCUUGACAUUUUAUGCCAAGUGUACACAGUAUGGGGAGGGGUGUGAUUGGCUUAUCAGGGUUAGCAUGAUCAGCAGAAAGUACUGUUGGGUUAUCAGGAGGUAUAAUGGUAGUCACACCUGUACCAGAGCUACCAUUUCUCAGGAUCAUUCGAAGCUGGAUUCUAACACAAUUGCAGAAGCAAUAAAGCCGUUAGUUGAGGCUAACCCCUCGUUGAAGGUAAAAUCAGUUAUUGCAGAAGUGCAAUCGAAAUUCAAUUACACUGUCAGUUAUCGAAAAGCAUGGUUGGCUAAGCAAAAGACAGUGAAAAAAAUAUUUGGAGGUUGGGAAGCAUCGUACGAAGCCUUGCCGAUAUGGUUUGAGGCCAUGUGUCAUAAGGAGCCAUCAGCUAUCAUCCAUUUUGAGACUAUGCCUGCCUGCAUAUCAAGGCGAUGA